AUGACGACACCCUCGAAAAGAAGUCCUUCCGAUGAGAGUAAGGUACUUGAUACGGUAGACACUACAGCGGCAGGGAGCCGAAAACGUUCAGCAACCAAGAAUGUUAAUUAUAAUGAGAAGGAAGCCGAUAACGCCUUGGCCCGGAAAAUAAAGCAACUGGAGAAGUUUAAAGUGGUGAAAUCGAAAGCAGAUAAGAAUAAUAAUAGCAAGAAAAAUGGUUUGAACAAAAAGAUAAUAAAUGGAAAGGCCAAUUUCAAGUACCAGUCAUUUCUACAAGAUAAAAACUUAUCAUGGAAUUUCAUUCCAUCACUCCCAACAUCAUUCAGGAAGUAUGCAAGAUUUAGUACACUUCUUGACAUUGACGGGAUGACAGUCGAUGUAUCUAAACAAAUAUUAAUAUCGGAAGGUAAUACAGUGUUAAAACAGAAUAGUCACAUAUAUAUGGUUUCUGAACCACCCGGGGAACCUUAUUAUAUUGGAAGGAUCGUGGAAUUUGUACCGAAGAAGGAAUACAGAGAGCUUAUAUCAAACUCAUUGCAUGUUACUAGUGUGUUCCCGGCGGUAUAUUUCCAGUUACGAAUGAAUUGGUUUUAUAGACCUAGAGAUAUUCAAGACCGUACAAACGGUUCAAGUUCACGACUCUUAUAUGCUUCAUUGCAUAAUGAUUUAUGUCCUAUUUAUUCAUUUCGCGGAAAAUGUAACGUGAAGUUUCAAAAGGAGUUUGCAUCCAAUGAAGAACUUAUAGAAUAUGUCUCUAAACCGAAUAAUUUCUACUUCAACCAACUUUUUGAUAGAUUUACACUGAAAUAUUACCAAAUGGAACAGACUGCUAAGCUUAGGCAAGAUGUUGAUCCUGAAUCACAUUACUUAAAAGUUCUAGCUCAACUUUAUCCUUACGUUUUCUAUGAGGAUAAAUACCCUCUACAUGAAGUAAUAAAAAAAUAUAUAUGCGGACACAAGAUGGAUGAUCAGUCAUGGGAUAAUUCUUGUAUGGAAUGUAGGGAUUGGUGUCACUCUGCGUCUUCUAUACAUUGCGAUGAGUGUAAAGUUUCGAUCCAUCUAUGGUGUAUGGAUCCUCCACUCGAGAAAAAGCCCGCUAAGGGUAUAGUAUGGAUUUGUUCUGCUUGUGUUGCAAAACAAGAAAAUAGCGAGCCCACUUCUUCAAAUAUUCCGCAGGAACUAGGCAAACUAGCUUGCUUACCAGUCGGAGAUGAUGUUCUCCAGAUCGAUAAAACUACUACCAAUAAAGAAAAUUGGUAUUAUCAGUAUCUAGGUGAGGAUAUGUGCAAUCAUUUAAUUGAACCGUUAUUCGAUGAUUAUAUUGCGCCUUUUCCGUGGAAGAGGAGUAGAGUUAGUACGAACAAAGGGCAAUGGACGAAAUGUAAUCAAAAUUGGAUACCAGAACCUUACUCUAAUAUUGAAGGAGAACGAGGAAGUGACGAUGGUAUAGAAAGACUCUGGACUAUGAACGUGAAUAAGAUAUCAGAAAAAGAAUUGGAUGCGUAUAUCAACAAGUGUAAGAGCUCAAUUCCAAAGCGACUAGAUGUUCAACCUGAAUCCUGUAAUUUUAUCGAUAUUUGUUUGAAACUUUUAAUGGAUAAUGAUUACAACCCAACGUCUGCCUAUGAAGCAGCGAUUGAAAAUAUCACAAGAGAUUCUUUAAGAGAACCAACCUUAUCACCAGAGGAAAUAAAAAAAUUCGAAGAAGGUGUUAGCCUCUAUGGGAGUGAGCUACAUCCCGUCUGUAAACAUGUAGGUACACAACCUAUGUCUAUGAUCGUGAGGUACUACUAUUACUGGAAGAAGACGCCAAAUGGCCGAGCAAUAUGGGGUAAUUUCAAAGGUAGGUCUAAGAAUAAGAAGAAGAAUAUCAGUGAAGGUGGAAACACAAACCAGGAACAUAGUUUAGAUAAAAGUGAUAGAGAAUUCAAAAGAGUUACCAAAAAUAAAUCACCUAAACAUUCUGACAAAGUCUGGAGACACGUUGAUGACUCGUCAUUUGACUCAGACAAAAUUUCUGAUGUUAAAAAGGAAUUUCAAUGCAUGUUUUGUUCCCUAGAUUAUUCACCAUUAUGGUAUAGGGUGACUGGAGGAUCUGACGAUGAUCAUGUUCAACAGAGAAUCACAUUAGGGAUGAAGACGCCUGACGAAGAUAUGAGUGCAUCAUUGCCCGAAGUUAAGAGAAAAGGUAAAAAGGAGAAUGAUGCAAAGCUAAAUGCUUUAUGCAUAAGGUGUGCGCGUAUAUGGAGAAGAUACGGUGUUAGAUGGAGAACCCCAAUUGAAGUUUUAAAACAACUUUAUGGGAGUAGCACAUCAUCAAUCCAAACAGCAGUAUCAGAAUUGAUUGAGGAAAAUGAUAACCAGCUAAAGAGUUAUCCCAACCAACAGGCAUUUUCAAAGUGCUUAGAUUGGGAACUAGUAGUUGAUGCAGAGUCGAUUACUAAACAAAGAUAUUCCGCUUCCGAUAACCCAGAAAAAUUACUAAAGAUGAAAAGGAAUGCACUUUCUUCACAAUCUCAAUUGAACAAAGCUACAAAGAAACUUAUAGACGUGGAGGGGAUCAAACCGAAUAAUAUGGAGAACAAUCUCCAUACUUAUAUCAACAAUAUAGAGAUGCAAAUCAAAAAGAAGGAAGAGAAAAGACUAAAGAAAUUGAAGGAACGAGAAUUACAGGAGAAGUUGUUAUUGGAGGCUUAUUCCACAAACAAGAACAAAGGGGUAAAGAAAGAGAUAAAAAAGGAACCGAAAAACGAAGAUAUACCAAUAGAGCCAGUUGUGAACAAAGUCGGGAAAUUGCAUCCUGAGAUUAAGCCUCAGACACCCAAUGAACAGAAGAAAGUUCCUCCUAUGUUAUAUAAUAACUCAGCAUUAAUCAAGAAGUUGCUUCCAAGUGGGGAAUAUCUGCUUAAUAUGGAAUCCAAUCUAGGGAAGGCAGAUUCUCUCUCUGCUGUAACUGUUGAUGCAGAAUUUCUAGAGAUAAAGCUUUCCGAUACAAUAAUUAACCAACUAAAACGAGAGAGAGAAAGUAUAGACAUAAUGAGAAGUAUGCCUAUUUCACCCAAACAAAAAAUUGCUAAGACUAAUAAUUCUUCAACUAACCAGUCCCUUUCAACAACGAGUAAAAACCAUAUCCCAAUUCUAAAAGCCGAUGAGAUGUCGAGAUCCGCUAUCCUACAGAUGUACAAUAGUAUUAGUCCUAAAUACGGCUCUGUUAUGAAGAGUUGCAAAAGGGAGGAAAAGAAAUCAUCUAAGCCAAAGGCAGCUUUCCAAGCCGCUAAGGGUGUUGUUGACUCGGACGAUAAAGCUAUGACAAUAGGGACUCUAAUUCCACGUGAGGGGAGCCCAGCCGACAAGGUUAAAGAUAAAUGCUCUGUUUGUUUUGGUAUUUGUGACUCCGAGUUUAUCAACAGCAUAUCAUGCUUAAACUGUAAAGUCAAAGUUCACUUCCAGUGUUAUGGCGUGACAACAAACUGUAAAAGAAAUAUUAACUCAAAAGAGAAGAGCUGGUUAUGUGAUCCAUGUUCUAAUGAUCGUAAUCCAAUAUUUUCAACUAAUUACCAAUGUUCACUCUGCAACGGGGAAAAAAAGACGUUGGAGUCUGCAGACAAAUCUUCACCUGGUUUAUUUCCAGAAGCCUUCAAACGCACAAUGGACGGGAAAUGGUGUCAUAUACUAUGUGCAGCAUAUUGCAGUGAUGCAAAAUUUGCAUCAGGAGAGACCUUACAACCGAUACUUAAUGUAGAAAGCGUUCUUUUCAAACAAAACACUUCUAAAUGUGAAUUAUGUAAAGAAUCUUGUGGGGUUAUUGUAAAAUGUGAAUGUUGCGAUGAUUGUUUCCAUAUUAGUUGCUGUGCUAACAUAGAGGGUUUCAAACUAGGUUUUAAGAAAGAAUUGAAUUCAAACUGCUCAAGAGAAAAUUUUAUGACGUUCUGUGAUGGUGCGUUGGAAUAUACUGUAUUUCCAACUCUAACGUGUACGAAACACCAAAAUAACCCAGAAAUACUUCCUUUAAAUUACACCCCAUAUGGUCAAUCAGUUUCAUUAUUUGAAUUGUUCCUAAAAAGAGCAAAAAUUGAUCCACAGGCAGAAAAUCUCUCCACCAUCCAACUUCGAACUUAUGAUAAAAGCUGCUUACGCAUGUGUGAUAAAUCUAUGAAUCAACUGAAUAUGGGGACGAAACAGUGUCUAGAAAAGACAUUUAAUGAGAAAGCAGUCCUAAGGGAACAAUUAUUAACCAUUCUCAAAGCUGGUUUUGAGAAGUAUCCAUGUCCUGAAAUUGAGAAAGAGGAAGCACUCGAAUUACCAAAGCAGCCUGAAAGGAAACGCGCAUUUGCUCUAAUUUCCUCCAUAGCCACAGGGUAUGCAUCGGAAACUUCCAGCAAACCAUCGCGCAAAACUAAAACAAAAAAGGGAGUAAAAACUGAAUGGAAAAAUGUAGCAACGGCAGAAAAUAAUGUCACACAGCCUGUAGAAAUAUAUUACGAUAACUCCGGUAGCGAUGGCAAUAGCAUCAUUGCGAAGGACAACUCUAUAGAUAAUUAA